GUGAACAGUGGAAGGUACGGACAGAAUUCGGGGGCAAAAGAACCAUGUCUUGGCGACUUGUUAUAGCAGUUAUUCUGCUGUCGCUGCCAGGAUACUACACACUAUCAAGACAUGAACGAGGCCCGGCUCAACCAGUCGCAGAAACAAACUCAAUCAGCAAGGAAUUUGUACCAGAUUUCAACAUAGACAGAAUAGCAGAUGGUGGCAGCUUAAAUCCCACAGAAGCUCCAACUGAAAAGCCCACUCAUAAGGCCACUCACAGGCCAACAACAAAACGCCCAGACGCAAGCAGUCAAAAGAAUGGGACUACAGGGUCGUCAUCAAAAUCAGGGCCUACACCUCAGCCUCUGCAACAACAAGAUCCCAACAAGAAAAAAGAUGGGCAGGUGGUGGCAAUGUCCAUGACAGAUUUUUAUUAUGUCGCUGUAGUUGCAGGCUGUAGUGUUGCAGGAGUGAUUGGUAUAGGGGUGGCUGGUGUUUGCUGGUACAAAUUACAAAAAGGUGCCAAGAUGGCGAGUGACGUGGAUUACCCUGCAUACGGGAUAACUGGACCAAACAAGGACAGGGCCCCGACGACAGGAGACCGCAAACUGGCCCAGAGCGCCCAAAUGUACCACUAUCAACAUCAAAAACAACAGAUGAUAGCCAUGGAAAAGGCUAAUGGGGAGAUGAAGCAUGAUGCGUCUGAGGAGGAAUCUGAGGAAGAGAAUGACGAGGGCGAUUACACCGUCUACGAAUGCCCAGGUCUCGCUCCUACCGGGGAAAUGGAGGUCAAGAAUCCUCUGUUUAAUGACGAGACACCUGCGCCUGGAAGUCGCGAUCCUUCUGAAAAGUGAAAACGAAACUGAAAGGAUUGCACAGCCAAACAGUCACGGAUCUCUGACGCCAGACCACUGGAUAUCAAGACCUCAGAUCUAAUAUAUGUGUUCUCUCUCUUUAUUCUCCUGACCUUGAUCUUUAUCCUACACCUUCCUUUGUGUGACAGAUUGUCUUGUCCUGAACUGUUGUCUCAACCUGUCUGAUUAGUGAUUGUAAAUAGUGGUAUUCAGGUUUAUGCAUAAUUUAUUGUCAGAAAAAGAGUCUAUUUUAAACUUGUACGUAUAUGAUGAAGCUUUGUAGAGAUGUCGGGAUGCCCUUUAAUAUCUUCAUUCAACUCACUUGAAACAUUCAUCC